CAUUGCCUUUUCAAUCAAUCUCCCUUCCUUUUUCAUCCUUUUUGCACUUUUUCUCUCCAAUUAUUUAUACCUUAUUUUUUUUAUCUUUUCGAUUCCGUUAAAGACGUGUGCGCGAUCAACCUUAGCUUCUUGUUUUUGUGUUUUCCCUCUGUUUUGUAGGUCGAUUAGUUGCUUGUUUGAUUGAUUGAGCUGUUGUAUAAGUAGAAGUAGGGCCUUGAGAUGGAGAAGAAGACUUAUCCGAUUGGGGAAGAUUCUUAUGUUCUGUACGAGGAGGUUGGGCAGGGUGUGAGUGCUUCAGUUCACCGUGCUCUUUGUAAACCUCUUAAUGAGAUCGUCGCCAUCAAGAUCCUCGAUUUUGAGCGUGAGAAUUGUGAUCUGGUUAGCAUUUAUCGUGAAGUACAGACAAUGAUCUUGGUUGACCACCCAAAUGUUCUUAAAUCACACUGCUCCUUUGUCAAUGGACAUAAUUUGUGGAUUGUUAUGCCAUACAUGUCUGGAGGUUCAUGUCUUCACAUAUUGAAGGCUGCAUAUCCUGAUGGUUUCGAGGAAGUGGUGAUAGCAACAAUAUUACGAGAAGUGUUGAAGGGAGUUGAAUAUCUUCAUAAUCAUGGACAUAUACAUCGGGAUAUAAAAGCAGGAAAUGUUCUUAUUGAUUCACGUGGUGCAAUCAAGCUAGGGGAUUUUGGUGUUUCUGCUUGCCUUUUUGACUCAGGUGAUAGGCAACGUGUGAGGAAUACAUUCGUGGGCACACCAUGCUGGAUGGCACCUGAAGUUAUGGAGCAAUUAAAUGGUUAUGACUUCAAGGCUGACAUCUGGUCUUUUGCUAUAACUGGUUUAGAGCUUGCCCAUGGUCAUGCUCCUUUCUCAAAAUAUCCUCCGAUGAAGGUAUUGAUGAUGACCUUGCAAAAUGCACCCCCUGGCCUUGAUUAUGAGAGGGACAGAAAAUUUUCAAAGUCUUUUAAGCAGAUGAUUGCGAGUUGCUUGGUGAAAGAUCCUUCAAAACGACCUUCUGCAAGUAAACUGCUAAAGCAUUCAUUUUUUAGGCAAGCCCGAUCAAGUGAUUAUAUUGCACGUACCCUUUUGGAAGGGCUACCUGUUCUUGGUGAUCGUAUAAAGGCACUUAAGAGAAAGGAAGAAGAUAUGCUUGCACAAAAGAAAAUGCCAGAUGGAAAGAAGGAAGAAUUAUCUCAGAAUGAAUAUAAACGAGGAAUCAGUGGAUGGAAUUUCAAUCUUGAUGAUUUAAAGGCUCAGGCAUCUCUGAUUCAGGAAUUUGAAGAAUCCAUAAGUGAAAUCAGUGAAGUAGGGAGCUCCAGUAACUUAUCUUCUCUUGAUGUGCAAGAAAGGAAAUUACAAUAUCAAAAUUCUUCAGAACUUUCAGAUACUGAAGAGAAUGGCAUGUUGCGGAGACUACCCUCCAUGAAAGCUAAUGAUUCAUUAGAUGGUAAAAGAUCUAUGAAUGAUUCAACAAUUCUUGGUCCUUGCUCCCAACAACAUUCUUCGCCUCGCAAUGAUAAUCAAACUGAGAAUGGUUCCUGUGAAGAGCUUCCUUUGGAGAACAGCAAAAGAAUACUGGGGAGUACUCCUAAUUCUAGUCAACAUAAAAGAAAUGUUUCUUCCAAUAACACCGUUCAACAAGAAACCACUUCACCUCUGAACAGAAGAGAGAGUUACGAGUCAGAAAAGAGUGUUGCAAAUGGCAGUGUUGCAAUUGGAAUAACUUCUCAAGCUAUAGAUGAUGUGCUUUCUGAUUCUUAUUCUAAAGAUCCGAAGUCAACAUUAGUAAGUCCAGCAACAAAUGACGAGGAACAGGAUGAGAAAGCAAAGGUACCAGUUAUUCAGCAGAAAGGGCGUUUCAAAGUUACUUCGGAGAAUGUUGAUGUAGAAAAGGCAGUUGCACCCCCUCUUCUGCAAAAAAGUCACAGUAUGCAGGUUGGUAAUUUUGAGGUGAUUACCUCAAAUUCUGCUACUCCUCUUCUACCUUCUAAUCUACCAACUCCUCUACUGACACCUCUACCCUCAUCUGAUGCUAUACCAAUUAACACUAGAUCUUCUAUGUUUCCAGUGUUGCACUCUGUUUUGCAGACAAAUAUUGUUCAACGGGAGGAUAUUUUGAAUCUAAUGAGGCAAAUCUCAAUCGGAGACUUUCCAGCCGAUGGUGUGGCUGAUGUCUCAUCGGCACAGAUAACAACCGAGAAAUCUUUGCUUGAGGCAGCUCAUGAAAGGGAAAAGGAUUUACUCAACGAAGUAACUGAAUUACAGUGGAGGAUAUUACGUGCCAGAGAUGAAAUCCAAAGAUUAAGAUCAAACAAUGCAGGCUAAGGGUCGAUCUAUUUAUUUGAAGUUCAUAACGUGUCAGGGUUUGAAUUUGGUGCGUCCUAUUUGGCUAUUGAAUAUGAAUAUGUAGAAUGCACUUAUUUCCUGUGUACAAUAGAAUAGAGAGAUAAGGGGGGAAAGAAAAGAAAAACUAAAUGUCAGAAUGGGUAUACUUUUGAUAUCUCUACUUAACAUUUGAACUCAUUUCCUGCAAAAACUGUGCAGAUUUAGUGAAAUUAUUGUUAGUAUAGUUAUGAAGCUAAUUUUAAGUUUUGGAAAA